GUGUCUGUAGAGCAGAUACACACACAGUCGAAAAAACUACUCACCAAAACGUCCAGCAAGUCUGCAGCGAGGGCUGUUUAAAGGCUGACACGAUGAGGAGAGUUUUAUCAUCCAGGGUGGGAGUGUUGGCCAGGCAGCAACACACAAGCUGGAACUCAGACCUCCAAUAUGGAAAGUUGUAUCCGGGCCAUAUCCAAACAAGUCCUGUUCAGAAAGCUCUACUGGCCGUCGGAUCUGGUGUAGCAGCUCUGCAGAAUCCAUACAGACAUGAUAUGGUAGCUGUGCUUGGAGAGACCACUGGGCACUUGGCCUUGAUAAAACUAAGAGACAGAAUGAGAAAUGACCCUGAAGGUUACACCAUUCUCACGGAGCGUCCGAGGAUCCGCCUCUCCACACUGGACCUCAACCGUAUGUCAACUCUUCCAGACGGUUCCCUAGGAAGAGAAUACCUCCGUUUUCUGGAUGAGAAUAAAGUCACUCCUGAUACCCGGGCUGAUGUGAGGUUUGUUGAUGAUGAGGAACUAGCGUACGUAAUGCAGCGAUACCGAGAGGUGCAUGAUCUACUACACACACUACUAGGCAUGCCGACCAAUAUGCUCGGGGAAGUUGCUGUGAAGUGGUUUGAAGCUGCACAGACGGGUCUGCCCAUGUGCAUUAUGGGAGCAGCCCUGGGCCCAAUUCGCCUCUCCACCAGUCGCCUCCAGAAGCUGUUUGCGUCUCUCGGGCCCUGGGCACUACGCAGUGGCAGUCGCUCCCGCUGUGUGCUAAGUGUUUUUUAUGAGCGCCGCUGGGAACAGAACUUGGAGAAACUCAGAGAGGAACUAAACAUCGAGGCUCCACCCAUCACCAUGUCUGCCAGCAGCAAGGGAGCACCAGCAGGGUCCUAGCGCUCAUUAUGUAUGGUUUGGUUAACUGUGUCUUUGCCACAGCCAGGCAGUUUGGACAGCUGAAUGGUGUAGAUAAGUCAUGAAAUUGCACUUUUUCAGUGUCCGGUACAGGUCAUAUCCAUUAAGGCUGUGUAUUGCAACAACUUGGUGAAACAAUAUGUAUCAUGAUACAGGGCGUACAAUUCAAUGUGUCACAAUUUAUUGUGAUACUGUAAGCAAGGCAAUAUGUUAUAAUUAUUUAAAACUAAUUUUAGGACAAUUAUCCUAGUAUAAAAACACACAAUCAUGUUUAUAAAAUCUAAAUAAAAGAAAAGUUACUUUUCUUUUACCCAAACUUUUUACCCAUUCGGGACAGCAGGAUCUAACAAUAGAGUACAACACUGCUACUGUAUCUAGUG